UCCUAAAAAACUGAUAUCAUAUGUUAUUUUUAUCUUUUUUCAUAUCAUUCAUUUAAUAUUAAUGGGCGAAAAUCAGUGACACAUUAAUGAUAGUAGAGGUGGUGAUUGAGAGGUAUUUACUAUUGAUAGACAAAAACAAAAAUCAAAACACUCUCCAAAAAAAUAUGAGUGCCUUAAGAGUGGUAACACUAGACGUGACCAACACAUUGAUCACUUUGAAGAACAGUAUUGGACACGAAUAUAUCAAAGCAAUGCAAUUGUAUUGUACAACACAAGCUGUUAGACUACAUCCCAAUUGUCUCAGUGACCGACAAAACGAUUUGUCCAAAGCAUUCACUACUGUCUGGAAGGAUAUGAACGCCAAACACGAAAACUUUGGUUUCAAGAGUGGUAUGUCUUCGGUCGAGUGGUGGACACAAGUCGUCAAACGGACUGUACGUUUGGCAAACUUUUCAGUCGACGAUCUAAACGACAAUCAAUUGGAUUUGAUGGCAAAGUAUUUGUACAGAGCUUACUGUUCGCCACAGUUUUGGACCGUUGAUGUCGGUGUUCAUCAAGCGAUGACAGAUAUCAAGAAAAGUAAUCCCGACUUAAAGUUGGGUAUCAUUUCUAACUUUGAUGAAAGACUUGGACGUAUUCUUCAAGAACUCGGUUUAAGACAUUACUUUGAUUUUCUAAUAAUCUCGCGAUUGGUCGGCUGUUGUAAGCCAUCGGCUGAUAUCUUUAAUUUGGCACUCAAUACGGCCGAACUGAGCGAUCCGUCACUGGCCUUACAUAUCGGCGAUAAUAUUGAAUUGGAUUAUUUGUGUGCAAAGAGAUUGGGUUGGAAUGCAUUACUACUUAACCGUAAUAAUAGACAUAACAAUAACAACAACCUCUCCAAUGAUCAACGAUUGUCGCCAAUUGAUAUUAUCAGUGAUUUAAAACAAUUCUAA